GACGUGUUGCCUUUAACAGGGAAACUCAUCCAUUAGAGCGCCACCAAAAACAUGCUGACUUUAGCAAAAACAGAACAUACCCGCAAGUAAUGGUUGUGCUCAAUAACAAAAUCUAUUUUGGAGAACAAGCAUGUUUUAAAUUUAAUCGUGAGCUCUACUGAAAGGCAUCGAUUGAAUCAUCACAUAUAUGUUGCGUGAAAUGUGUCUUUAAUUUACUGUCAGAAUACAUAUUAAUGUGAGGGGCUUUUAUUUUGGUGACACACCAGAAGUAGGGAGAUUGUGUCGGUCAUUACCAGUGAUGUUUCUGAAGUUCGGUUCUUUAUGUUGCUGUCUGACUUUUUACCGUGGAACAUUCUAGACUUUCACCGGACUUAGCUUAUCUAACCGUAUACGACAUCAGAUAACUAGUUAAUGUUAGCUUCAGGUAAGGAAACUGGCUGGUACCACCGGCAGCUAUAACAAAGAGGACGCGUGUAUCCGGUCCAGCACCGGGAGCCGAAGACCCGCACCGUAAGGCCGUCUCAUCCACUCACUGUCAACCACCGGUCCAGUCCACCGACUGUUAGCUGCAGCACCCGACAAUCCAAUGGCCCCGGCGUGCUCCUCUUACUAUUAGCUAGCCGCACUUACUCCGACAAAAUGGGAGACGAUAACGAAGUUAAUGGGGACCUGAACGCCAACUCGAUGAGCCAGAGCACCGGUGAUCCGCAGCUGGACAAGGCGGUCCGUCAAUGGUUAAAGUGGGACAAGAACUGCUGUACUCGGGCUCAGGUGGAGUCUCUGGUGGCAGCGGGUCAGGUCAAUGACCUGAGGUCAAGACUUAGCAGCAGGAUGACAUUUGGCACAGCUGGACUCAGAGCACCUAUGGGAGCCGGCUUCAACCGGAUCAAUGACCUCACCAUCAUCCAGUCCACACAGGGUCUGUGUUCAUACCUGUCCAGGUGCUUUGCCAACCUCAGCAGUCGAGGAGUGGUCGUUGGUUUUGACACCAGGGGACAGGAGAGCAGUGGCUGCAGCAGUCAAAGGUUGGCUAAGUUGACGGCUGCGGUGAUCCUCAACCGAGAUAUCCCCGUCCAUCUCUUCUCCACAUUUGUCCCCACACCAUUUGUGCCAUACGCAGUGAAGAAGCUUGGUGCAGCAGCUGGAGUUAUGAUCACAGCAUCUCAUAAUCCUAAAGAAGACAACGGCUAUAAGGUGUACUGGUGUAAUGGCGCUCAGAUCUCCUCGCCUCAUGACAAGGAGAUCCUGCGGAGCAUCGAGGAGCAGCUGGAGCCCUGGUGCGCCUCCUGUUGGGAUUUGGAGCUGGUAGAGCGCUGCUCUAUGAGGACUGACCCCCUGACCCUGAUCAACAGCUCUUACAUGGAUGAGCUUGCCUCCCUCUGCUUCCACAGAGAUCUGAACAGCUGCUGUCCACUGAAGUUUGUCCACUCGUCGUUCCAUGGUGUCGGGCACGAUUUCAUCCAGCAGGCCUUUCAGACAUUCGGCUUUGCUCCACCAAUCCCCGUCCCUGAGCAGAAAGACCCUGAUCCCAAUUUCCCAACUGUCCGCUGUCCAAACCCGGAAGAGGGAGAGUCUGUGCUGGAACUUUCUCUUCUCUUGGCAGAGAAAGAAAAUGCUCGCAUUGUUCUGGCCACAGAUCCUGAUGCCGACCGUCUGGCUGUAGCAGAGAAGUCUGAUGGGUGCAGAUGGAAGGUGUUCACAGGUAAUGAGCUGGCAGCUCUGCUCGGGUGGUGGAUGUUCUUUAACUGGAAGGAGAACCAUCCAGAUCCAGCAGACUCUCAGAGGGUCUACAUGUUGGCCACCACGGUUUCCUCAAAGAUUCUGCAGGCCUUUGCGCUCAUCGAGGGGUUCCACUUCGAGGAAACACUUCCAGGGUUUAAAUAUAUCGGCAACAGGAUUCAUGAACUCGCCAAAACAGGAAACACAGUCAUCUUUUCCUUUGAGGAGUCAAUUGGUUUCCUGUGUGGUGGUAUGGCCCCCGAUAAAGACGGCAUCAGUACGGCGGUGGUUGUGGCUGAAAUGGCGUCCUACCUCCACAACCGGAGCCUUAGUCUGACGAAGCAGCUCGACAACAUCUACCAGACGUAUGGUUACCAUUUGUCUAAAACUUCUUACGUCAUCUGUAAGGACCCGCCCACCAUCCAGAAGAUCUUCAGCCGGAUCAGGAACUUUGAUGGUGAGGGGUCAUACCCAAAGACAUGCGGCGGCGUCCAGAUUGUCCAUGUGCGAGACAUAACCACUGGAUAUGACAGCAGCAAGGCUGACCUCAGAUCUGUGUUCCCGGUGUCUAGGAGCAGUCACAUGAUCACCUUCACGCUGCAGAAUGGCAUUGUGGCCACGCUGAGGACCAGUGGCACCGAACCCAAGAUCAAAUACUAUUCCGAGUUCUGUGCUGCACCUGGAAAACGUGACGUGUCCAGUCUGGAGGAGGAGCUCAAGAAAGUGACGGACGCUCUGCUUGACGACUUCCUGGAACCAGAGAAAAACAACCUAACUCGCUGCUUCGUCUAAACCCUGCCUAUGCGUACCUGGUCUGUCCUGUAAUGUCAUAUCCUGUUGUGUUUGUAGACAAAUCAGAGUAGCAGCUUCUCCUCUCUGUGGUGUCAGUAACAUUCAUGAUGGACUGAAGAACUAAGCAUGGGCAAAGAACAGAUGUUGUGACAGAAGUGCCUGAAGGAAAGUUAAACUGCUUAAACUUGAUGUCACCUUCUGUGGCGGCUUUGUAUGGAAGAACAAGGGGAAACAAGGAAAAACAGAAUUUAGACACUUCAAAAGGUUCACAUUGUAACAUCUAUGUCAAGUAAUAUGAUAUCUGAAGUAGAUUUAAUGUUAACUGUUUUUCCUUGCUGAUGAGAAGUUUUCGUAAACUCUUCACUUUCCUACAUCAAAUUCCACAGAGAAAAUACAUGGUUUUAGCAGGUCUACUGUUGCCUUGUUCGGAGAAUUUAUGUCAGGUGCGAGGUUAAUCCAAGUAAAGGAUUUCAAAAACCAAAGUUUCAAAAUAAUACAUUUGACCUUACUGAUGGAGGCAAUAGUGGACCAACAACAAAGUGGCUAAAAUCAUUUUUUUUCCUAUGUCUCACGCUGGUUUUAGUUACAGUUAACACUCACAGUGUGUCAGUACCUCAUACAACUACAAUAACAUAAAAUAAAACAAUCGCUACUAUCCCUUUAAUUCUACAAAUUGUUUCUUCCAGUAGUUGAUCCUGUGGAGAUGUUUAUUUUGAUUUCGUGUUUGUUGUCCUCACUUGGCCUCUCACGAGAUGAUGAUUCUUCAUUACUUGAAGCAUCUCCCCUAAAGUUCUCAUUAAAACUUGUAUGUUCCUCCAUACAUGGCGUUAAAGGGGUGUUUCCAAAUAGAUGUGAUUUAUUUUUGAUAAUUAUGUUGCACAGACGACGAGCUGCUGGUAAUGAUUUCAGACAAUAGUUUUGUGAUGUUGGCACUAUGCACACACGCACGCGCACACACACACUCCGUUACUUUUGUGAAAGUUGCUGAAAAAGCUCUGUGGCGUUUACACUGCUGUCACCAUGGUUACCUUUUGAUGAUGUAAUCCAUAUAUAAACAGGUGAUAUAAACAGACCAGAGGGCUGCUCAAAAGUCAAAAUAAACCAAAGUCAAACUUUGAAACGCGUUUGUAUGUUUUUCAAAGUGUUUAAUGAUUGUUCUCUUUAGUUUCACAACAUCUGUCGUUCAAUUUCAUCUUUAUCAACAAAAACGGACAAAGUCUGUCAGUUUGACUAGGCUUUAUUGACAUGAAUGUCACUUUGAUGCUUCAGGUCUGUACAGUUCAUGCAUGAAUUUAAAAAGGAAUAUUUAAUGCAUGACAAAAAGAUUGAUUUACUUGAUUUCAAACAUUUCCACUAAACUUAAUGGGCAAUGAAAAAUAUGUGCACAGACUAAAUUUGUUAAAAAAUAGAUUUUAAUCUCAAUGUGACCUGGUGAAAUUAAAUUAAGAGUAUUGAUAUGUAUAUGCCAAUAUAAAAAAUGGUUAUGUGUGUUUGUGUAAAACUGAGUGAAAAUAAAAAUGUUUUUCUCAUUCA